AUGUCUUCAAAUGCAGAUGUCCAAGCAGAAUCAACUGCAGAUAGCGCUGUCUCUCCAGAUUCAAAAAUCAACCAUGCUGCCUCUAUCAAUUACUGGAGCAGUCUCCAAAGUACCUCAAGUAACAUGCUCGGCAUGCUUGGGACAUACCCAUGGUAUACUCGUAUUGAGUUGCAAGGAUCCAAGAAUUUCCUCACAAAAGUCCGUCGCCUGCUACCUGCAUCUCUGUCGCAUGGAAAGCUCAGCCUAGGUGUGGAUUGUGGUGCAGGUGUGGGACGAGUUACCGAGGGCUUUCUCAGUCACGUUUGCGAAGUCGUUGACGCAGUCGAGCCCGUUGAAAAGUUCACACAAGUCCUCAAAGAUGGCAAACUCAAAAAAGAAGGCGUUGUGGGAGACAUCUAUACAGUUGGUCUUGAGAAUUGGCACCCAGAGAAGAAAUACGAUUUGAUUUGGACACAGUGGUGUGUGGGUCAUCUCACGGAUUCUCAAUUAAUCGAAUAUGUCACCAGGUGUCGCACUUCGUUGACGGAGAGUGGCAUCAUGAUAGUCAAAGAGAAUCUUUCAACGGAUCCUAGCGGCCAAGAUAUGUACGACGACUUGGACAGCAGCGUCACAAGAACAGAUGCCAAAUUCAAGCAAAUUUUCGAUGCCGCUGGAAUGAACAUCAUCAAGUCCGAAAUCCAGACCGGGUUCCCUAAACAAUUUAAACUCUUGCCCGUUAAGUCAUAUGCGCUACGCCCCAAAGCCUGA